AUGGAGCCUCCACCUCCUCUAGAGAUACGUCGUAGAUUAGAUUUUAAUAGAGACAUAGAUCUAAAUUUGUCUGCACCUGAAGAAUGCUACGACGAUGAAAAGACUAAUCCUGUGAGUUUUAGUAAACGUGUUGAUUUUGUUCACUCUAAAAUACUUAAGGAACUUAUUUCGGAAAUUGGUAUGGAAUUUGAGACAAAGGAUGAAGCAUUUAAGUUUUACAAUACAUAUGCGUACAAUUUUGGUUUCAGUGUCAGAAGAAGUACAUCACAUUCUUUCAAUAAUGGCAAGCUAAAAGACAAGCUUUAUGUCUGUUCGGCUCAAGGUACGCGUGUCAAAGAUAAGCGUGAUGUUAACGUUAAAAAGCAUCGGGCAUAG